GCCUCCUAUAAAGUUUGAUUCCUGGAGGCAGAUUUUUUUUUAAAUCCAUCAAGUGUCAGAUAAUUGGAAGGGUGGAGUAACGCCGUAAACCACGACACACCUUUGUCAGGACUUGUUUGGAAGCAAAGAACUGGAAGAAACAAGACGGAGAGAAGGAGAAGAGAGCAUUUUUGAAAGAUCACUCAGCUCUAACACACCUUGGCUGGGUCUGGAUAAAAAAAGUGGAUACUGCAAACGUCUAGAAGAAAACAUCGGGGAAGAAAGAGAGAGGGGGAUUUAUUCAAAGUUGUUUCCAAGUCCUUCAAAAUCUCAAACUAGGUGGCUAUGGUAUGGAUAUAACCAAGAAAAACACAAGAGAUGGCACUGAAGUCACUGAAAGAUUUAUCACGGAAACAGUAACUACAAGACUUACAUCCUUACCACCAAAAGGGGGAACCAGCAAUGGCUAUGCUAAAACGGGCUCUCUUGGUGGAGGGAGCCGGCUGGAGAAGCAGAGCCUGAUGCAUGGCAGCAGCGGCUACAUAAACUCAAGCGGAAGCACACGAGGCAAUGCCUCCACAUCCAGUUACAGGAGGGCUCAUUCACCUGCCUCCACGCUGCCCAACUCACCAGGCUCAACCUUUGAAAGGAAAACUUACAUCACCCGCCAUGGAACCUACGAAGGGAGCUCCAGUGGCAACUCUUCUCCGGAGUACCCUCGGAAGGAAUUUGCAUCUUCUUCAACCAGAGGGAGGAGCCAAACACGAGAGAGCGAGAUCCGGGUUCGACUGCAGAGCGCAUCCCCAUCCACCCGAUGGACAGAAUUGGAUGAGGUUAAGCGUUUGCUCAAGGGGAGCCGAUCAGCAAGCGUGAGCCCCACCCGGAAUUCCUCCAACACCCUCCCCAUCCCCAAGAAAGCCACUGUGGAGACCAAAACAGUGACGGCGAGCUCCCAGUCAGUGUCCGGCACCUAUGACACAACCAUCCUGGAUGCCAACCUUCCCUCCCACGUGUGGUCCUCCACCUUGCCGGCGGGGUCCUCCAUGGGGACCUAUCACAACAAUGUGACAGCCCAGAGCUCGUCCCUCCUCAACACCAAUGCCUAUUCUGCAGGAUCGGUCUUUGGAGUUCCCAAUAACAUGGCGUCCUGCGCUUCCACUCUGCACCCCGGGCUCAGCACCAGCUCCUCAGUGUUUGGCAUGCAGAACAAUCUGGCCCCCAGCUCAUCAGCCCUGUCCCACAGCACGGCCACCACCUCCACAGUGUAUGGUGUGAAGAAAAACAUGGCCCAGAGCCCUGCCGCUGUGAGCACUGGCGUGUCCACCUCUGCUGCCGGCACCACAAGUGUCCAGAAUGAUGAGCUCUUGCACAAGGACUGUAAAUUCCUGAUCCUGGAGAAAGACAAUGUGCCUGCUCCCAAGAAGGAGAUGGAGCUGCUGAUCAUGACCAAGGACAGCGGGAAGGUCUUCACUGCCUCUCCCGCCAGCAUCUCUGCAACUUCUUUUUCAGAGGACACUCUAAAAAAGGAAAAGCAAGCUGCCUACACUGCUGACACCUACCUAAUCUCAGAAGCUAAUGGAGACGUGAAGACCGUGUCCACAAAGGCCAAGGCCGCCUCCACAGAUUUCCAUGGCUACGACCACCAUGGCGGCGGCGGCGGCGGUGGUGGUCGUGGUGGCGGCGGUGGCGGUGGCGGGGGCCCGUGGGGGGCGGCACCAGCCUGGUGCCCCUGUGGUUCCAGCUGCAGCUGGUGGAAAUGGCUGCUGGGCCUGCUGCUCACCUGGCUGCUGCUCCUGGGGCUGCUCUUCGGCCUCAUUGCUCUGGCCGAGGAGGUGAGGAAGCUGAAAGCGCGCGUGGACGAGCUAGAGAAAAGCAGCAGCCAGAUGCGGAUUGUGGUCCAGCCGAACAGUGAGGCUCAGCUAGAGAAGGUUGUUGCACCUGAGAUGAGAACAGGCAUGGGAAAAGUUGUGCUUGACAGCCAGAGUCAGGAGGAGCUCUGGAAAUUUGUGUGGAACAAGCUGAUGACAGAACAAGAAAACGGAAAUCUCCGAGGAAGCCCUGGCCCUAAAGGUGACAUGGGAAGUCAAGGCCCCAAAGGAGAUCGAGGGCUCCCUGGGACUCCAGGUAUCCCUGGGCCCUUGGGCCACCCAGGUCUACAAGGCCCAAAGGGACAAAAAGGCAGCGUGGGAGAGCCCGGCAUGGAGGGACCCAUGGGCCAGAGAGGGCGAGAAGGCCCCAUGGGACCUCGCGGUGAACCAGGGCCUCCUGGAUUUGGAGAGAAAGGGGACAGAGGAGCUGCUGGUGACCCUGGUAUUCAGGGCCCACCUGGUGUCCCAGGUUCUGUGGGUCCCAAAGGUUCCAGUGGUUUUCCUGGCCCACCGGGUCCCCCAGGCGCUGUAGGUCUCCAAGGGCUCCGAGGUGAAGUGGGACUCCCUGGUGUCAAAGGUGACAAAGGGCCUACGGGACCACCAGGACCCAAAGGUGACCAGGGUGAGAAAGGACCCCGAGGUCUCACAGGCGAGCCAGGCUUGAGAGGUUUGCCUGGUUCCGUGGGCGAGCCCGGGGCUAAAGGAGCAAUGGGACCCGCUGGCCCCGACGGACACCAAGGCCCAAGAGGUGAACAAGGCCUUACAGGGAUGCCUGGAACACGGGGCCCACCAGGACCUUCUGGAGACCCAGGAAAGCCAGGUCUCACAGGACCCCAAGGACCUCAGGGACUUCCUGGUAACCCCGGCCGACCUGGGGCUAAAGGUGAACCGGGAGCUCCCGGCAGGAUCGUGACUUCAGAGGGGUCAUCAACUAUCACCGUCCCAGGCCCCCCGGGACCUCCUGGAGCCAUGGGACCUCCAGGACCUCCAGGUGCCCCAGGCCCUAUCGGCCCAGCUGGUCUCCCAGGACAGCAAGGCCCGCGAGGGGAGCCAGGGCUUGCUGCCGAAUCAUUCUUGGAUAGCAGCAGCUCCAUCUCUGAGAUCCUCUCUGCCCAGGGUCUUGAUUUACGAGGUCCCCCAGGCCCACCUGGGCCACUCGGGCCACCAGGAGCUUCCAUUCCAGGCCCACCUGGCCCCCCAGGCCCCAAGGGAGACCAAGGCCCCCCAGGCCCCCGAGGACACAAAGGCGAGCAGGGCCUCCCCGGGUUCUCAGCCUCAGGUAAUUCCAGUUCCCUGGGACUCAACCUGCAGGGACCACCAGGCCCACCCGGCCCUCAGGGCCCCAAAGGUGACGAAGGUGAUCCCAGAGUCCCUGGCAUUCCUAGUGGUCCCACUGGAGGGGGAUCGUCAUGGAGCAGCACGUUCUUGCAGGGGCCGCCAGGCCCACCGGGGCCCCCUGGGCCUCCAGGCUCCAUCAGCAGCUCUGGCCUGGAGAUUCAGCAGUACAUCUCUGACUACAUGCAGAGUGACAGUGUUAGGUCUUAUCUCUCUGGAGUUCAGGGUCCCCCAGGCCCACCUGGUCCCCCAGGGCCUGUCACCACCAUCAUGGGUGAGACUUUUGACUACUCAGAGCUGGCAAACCUCGUCGUGAGCUACUUACAGACUUCCGGGCACAGCAUCAGCUUGUCGCCCACCUCCAUCUCUUCCCAAGACAUCCUGGCUGUGCUGCAGCGGGAUGACGUGCGUCAGUAUCUGCAGCAGUACCUGAUGGGCCCUCGGGGUCCCCCGGGGCCACCAGGAGUGGGUGGAGAUUGGUCCCUCCAGUCUCUGGACUACGCGGAGCUGAGCAGUCGAGUCCUCAGCUACAUGUCGAGUUCUGGAAUCAGCAUUGGGCUUCCUGGCCCCCCAGGGCCCCCUGGCUUGCCGGGAACAUCCUAUGAGGAGCUCCUCUCCUUGCUCCAAGGGUCUGAGUUCAGAGGCAUCGUUGGGCCCCCAGGUCCCCCUGGACCUCCAGGGAUCCCAGGCAACGCGUGGUCCAGCAUCAGCAUGGAGGACCUCUCAUCUUACUUGCACACUGCCGGCUUGUCAUCCAUCCCAGGCCCUCCAGGCCCUCCUGGUCCCCCAGGCCCUCGAGGCCCUCCAGGUGUCUCAGGAGCUCUGGCAACCUACGCAGCUGAAAACAGCGACAGCUUCCGGAGCGAACUGAUUAGCUACCUCACGAGUCCUGAUGUGCGCAGCUUCAUCGUUGGUCCCCCAGGCCCCCCGGGGCCCCAGGGACCACCUGGGGACAGCCGCCUUGUGUCCAUGGACGGCUCAUACAGUCGGGGUAGCAGCUCCUCCUCACACAGCUCCUACAGCUCUUCGAUGGGCAUAGGAGGAGCCAGCGGAGGCUCUCUGGGUGAAGGGGGAGCCUUUGGCCUGGACAUGGGCCUGGGCCGAGGCUAUGGGGCAGCAGCAGAAGGUGCCAUGUAUGGUGGCGAUGGCGGAUCUUUCGGGGCUGGCUUUGCUGGAGGUCUGGAUUACAAUGAGCUGGCUGUUCGGGUGUCUGAGAGCUUGCAGCGUCAGGGCCUGCUGCAAGGGAUGGCCUACACUGUCCAGGGCCCACCCGGCCAGCCUGGGCCCCAGGGGCCCCCUGGCAUCAGCAAGGUCUUCUCUGCCUACAGCAAUGUGACCGAGGACCUCAUGGACUUUUUCCGAACGUAUGGAGCCAUUCCAGGACCCCCUGGGCAGAAGGGAGAGGUGGGCAUCCCAGGACCCAAAGGUGCGAAGGGCCCUGCUGGACCACCAGGUCGGCCUGGGCCACCCGGCCCUCGAGGGCACAAGGGAGAAAAAGGAGACAGAGGUGACCAAGUCUAUGGUGGGAGGAGGAAGAGAAGUGUUGCCAGCAAGCCAUGAGCUGCCCUUGGCAGAACAGCCCCCUGGACCAGUUCUUGCAAUGGCUUAUGGCGCUUAGGUCAGAAUCUCUCCAGAGGGUAAAAGCUGGCGUCUCCACGGCCUACUGAGACAGCACCACCAAAUAGGCAACUAGAACUCUUGUGUUAGUCUGGAACUAUCUAUAUAGAAUUCAGCCAAAGGUACACAUUCUGAAACAGCUCUGUUGGGUGGACUUCAGAAUAGGUGCAGUGUUGUAGAAUGAGACUGACUUCUCUGCUAUCUAGAGCUGAGCUCCUUGUCUUCUUUAAAUCUUAGUUCAAACCCCCACCUAGGAAAGCCAGUUUCGUAAAAGUUGGCUCAGGAGUCCUCGAGCUGUGCCUAAAAAUGAGCCCAGAAAAUGGAAGAUGAGGAUGUCACCUGGGGGUGACACUGGUGGGGAUGUGUUCUGGUUAAUGCUGCGAGGCUGUGCUGGCAGCCCCUUCCCUCCUGUUCACUCUGUGCCCUCUAGUCACAGAAGAGUUGGCUAAGAAGCAACUCUUGCAACUGAAAAAAUUACGAAAUUCACUUCCACAGAAGGUGGUGACAGGGUUUCUAAUAGUUAUUUCUCACUACAAAUCAUAUUCCCACUUGCUUAGAAAGUUCGUUUGAUUGUAGCUAUGAUCUGUAUCCAUAGGUCCCUGCUUGAGUUUAUAGCAAUGUUAUACUGAACUAGCCUGCAGCAAAUAGAAAAAGAAGGAAAAUGGGCAGGGAAGAAAGGAAGGGAGAGGAAAACAGGAUACCUGAUGCCGGGGAAGGAUGUCACCUCUGUUCUGCACUUAGGAAAUGGCACGGGGACUGGGCGCAGCUGGUUUUUAAGCACUUUUCAACGACUAAAAACAUUUAUGUGGUCUAUUAGAUGAAAAGUCAUUUCAAUUGCAAAAUUUCCAAUUAAAGGUUUUUUUUCUUUUUUAAUAUUAUGUUUAAUGUGGUCCAUCUAACAAAAGUAAAAGGAAGAGAGGGAGGGAAGGAAGAAAGGAAGGAAGAAAAUAUUUUGGGUUAAUUGGGUUUGACUUGAACACUAUUAUAAACACAAGAAAACGAAACUGGUUGUAUCUGGGGACACAGUUUCUGGCAUUUUGUUUCAUCACUGAGAUCUUUAAAGGCAGAUCUUCAUCUGCAGCUACUAAUUCAACCUGGCCAUAUUACAAAGCAUCUGAAGGGUUUCCCUAAGCAUAAGUUACUUGAAAUAAACACAUAGGCAACAGAUAAACA